GAGAGAGAGAGAGAGAGAGAGAGAGAGAGAGCUGGUGACUCCGAGACAGAGAGAGAGCUGGUGACUCCGAGACAGAGAGAGAGAGAGCUGGUGACUCCGAGACAGAGAGAGAGAGAGAGAGCUGGUGACUCCGAGACAGAGCACAACUGCCAGACUGAGUAAGGAUGUUGGGCCUCCUCCUGUGUGUGAGUUCCCUCCUCCUCCCCCUCCUCUCCCCCUCCCUCGCCCAGGGAUCAGGGCCGAGGGUGCGCCUGGCAGGUGGGAGGCGGGGCCCCAACGAGGGUCGCGUAGAGGUGUUCUAUAACGGGGCGUGGGGGACGGUGUGUGAUGACGAGGUGGAUAUUAACCUGGCCAACGUGGUGUGUCGAGAGCUGGGCUUCUCACGCAGUCUCACCUGGGCUCACAGCUCUAAGUUUGGGGAAGGACAAGGUCUGAUCUGGUUGGAUAACGUGCACUGCAUGGGGACGGAGCUCUCCCUGUCUGACUGUCACUCCAACGGCUGGGGGAUAAAUGACUGCACCCACUCUGAGGACCUGGGGGUCGUCUGUAGCACCCAGAGGAGGGUCGACUACUCCCCUAACCAGGUAGAGGGCUCCCCCACAUCCCUGGCCGCCCCAGUGGCCUCGGCCCGACCACAGAGGAUCCCCAACCUCUCCACACCGCCACGUCUAUCCACAGUCCAAGACAGGGUGGCCCCUCCUCCUCCUGCUCACAUCACAUCCCCCGGGAGAAGGGGUCAUGAGAUCGCCCUCCACCGCAACACCCCCAGAGGUCAGGGUCAAAGUUCACCGCAACAGCGUCGGGGUCAUGAUAUCCACUUGCGUACCCGGAACGGCCAGAGUCAGGCGGGAGGGGAGGCCAGGACGAGACAGGAGAACCCGGCCGUGCCCCAGGGGCAUCAAAUCCCCCCCCGGCUGGGGAAUGGUGCAGCUUACAGGCAGGCCCAGGAUGUGGGGCGGACCGGACCACAGGCGGCCAGAUGGGAGGCAGAGAUCCCCAGGCAGCCCAGUGGGAACCAUGUUGAACCAGAGGCAGAAAUCACCAACAUGGACCUGGAGACAGUCAUCACAGACGGACAGGCGGCCAGUAAGGUGAGGCUGGAGGAGGUACGUCUCCGGUCUGUUCCCCCAGGCGUCCGUACCGGCCUGCUGUCAGAGGGAGUUUUGGAAGUGAAGCAUGCUGGGAGGUGGCGUCAUGUGUGCGACCAGGGCUGGGACCUCAGCGGCAGCCGUGUGGUGUGUGGCAUGCUGGGAUACCCCUCCGCCGAGGCAUACGACCACACCGUCUACAGGUAAGGGAGAGAGGAUGUGUUUC